UUUAUCAAUAUGUUUCUAUUUGUUUUAUGCUUCUACUAUUCCGAAUGGGUUUAAAGCAAUAUAUUCAGAGGCGCCGCUGCGGUAUUCUUUGCAUAUGUUGGAUUUGAUGCCGUUGCUAAUUCAGCUGAAGAAUCAAGGAAGCCUCAGGAAUCUUGGGAAGCUUGCUUAUAUGUGCUGGAUUAUACGUUGGAGUUUGCUUGGUGAACACCGGGUUGCAUCUGUAAAACCAAUUUUAAGUAGUGGCCUAAAUCAUGAGGAAGCUGGUAGUAGUACUUCUCUUAAGGGGAAAGAAAUAUUGAGAGAGUCUAAAGAACUAAAUGAGAAACAUAGUGUGCCUCCUAUCGUUUUAGGAGUUGAUCAAGUUAAAUUUGUCGUUUCAGAAAUGAUUAUGCAGAGAAGAAAGGGGUUGCAACUGGAUGAUUUGCAUGAAAAUAAUAACAAGGAGUUUAGCAAUCAAUCAUCUGAGCUUUAUAAUGCAUCUAUGACUAAUGACUAUCAGGAAAAGAUGAAAAGGGAAAAUGAGAAGCAAGAAUCAAGUGCUGACCUGUUCGGCAACAUCAAUGAAGAUAAUUUGACAUCAACAAAAGAACUGGUAACGUUGACCGGUAGCAAUUGGAAUUGAAGAAGAAAGAAUUAAAAAAAAUGAUGCAAAAAAUGUACAAAGAGAUGAUAUCAACCAAUACUCAAAAAAAAGUAAGAAACUUUAUUUAUUUAA